UCACAAAACAUUGUACUUGUUUAACGUACUUUAUUACUGAUAUAAGAGUUAAGUGAGAUAACUACAAUUCCGUUUAAUCACAUUGGGCUUUUAAGGGUGUUUUGAAAAUGGCCAAGGUUAGUUGUAGAGUCAUUGGCUUUGCAUUCUUGAUUUUGCUCCUUGUGGAUAUUUCCUUUGCUACUUCUAGACAACUGGAGGCUUUUGGUAGAAGUGGAGGAGGUGGUGGAGAAGGAGGAGGUGGAGGUGGUGGAUCGAAUGGGUCAGGUUCUGGCUACGGGUCAGGAUAUGGAUCUGGCUAUGGUGGUGCGAGAGGGUCUAAUGGUGGAGAAGGUGGUGGUGGUGGCAAUGGUGGCGGUGGUGGGUUUGGGUCAUUAGGUAAUGCAUACGGGUCAGGGAGUGGAAGUGGGUAUGGUUCAGGAUAUGGGUCUGGAAGUGGAGGUGGAGUAGGUUGUGGUGGUGGUGGUGGUGGCGGCGGCAAUGGUAGAGGAGGAGGUGGUGGUGGAGGCUCUGGUAAAGGAAGUGGAUAUGGAUCCGGGUAUGGAAGUGGGAGUGGCUCUGGAUAUGGAAAUGGGGGUGGAGAAGGUGGCGGUGGUGGUGGUAGUGGUAGCGGAGGAGGUGGUGGUGGAGGCUCUAGUAAUGGAAGUGGAUAUGGAUCCGGGUAUGGAAGUGGGAGUGGCUCUGGAUAUGGAAAUGGGGGUGGAGAAGGUGGUGGUGGUGGUGGUGGUGGUAGAGGAGGAGGCGGUGGUGGAGGUUCUGGUAAUGGAAAUGGAUAUGGAUCUGGAUAUGGAAGUGGAAGUGGCUCUGGAUAUGGAAAUGGGGGUGGAGAAGGUGGUGGUGGUGGUGGUGGUGGUAGAGGAGGAGGCGGUGGUGGAGGUUCUGGUAAUGGAAAUGGAUAUGGAUCCGGAUAUGGAAGUGGAAGUGGCUCUGGAUAUGGAAAUGGGGGUGGAGAAGGUGGUGGUGGUGGCAGCGGUGGUGGUAGAGGAGGAGGUGGUGGUGGUGGUUUCGGUAAUGGAAGCGGAUAUGGAUCCGGAUACGGAGGCGGGAGUGGCUCUGGAUAUGGAAAUGGUGUUGGUAAGGGAGGAGGCAGCGGUGGAGGAAGUGGUGGUGGGGGAGGAGGCGGUGGAGGCAACGGUUCAGGCUAUGGUAGCGGGUCUGGAUAUGGAGAGGGGUAUGGCUCAGGAUACGGCAGUGGUGGGGAUGGCCAUCAACCAUGAACGUAAAGACUAAUCAAUUUAGCUUUAGGAAGCCAUGCAGAAUGCAUGCAUAAAUGGUAAUUCAAUAAUUAGCAAAUAUAAACUUUGGACUUGUAAUUUCUAAAAUAAAAUUGUGACGGAUUCACUUCGUGCAUCAAUGGCGUCGUGGUGAACGUUGCAGUUCGUUCUUUCAGUUUUACAUCAUACUAUAUACAUUGUAUAAUACUGUCGUCUCCAUAUGUUAAAACCAUGUUACAUUAAAGACUGCUUGUUUUUGUUGAA